CUCAGCUUCCCCUGCAACUCAGCCCUCGGCGCGCCAUGGGACGUGACAAGCAGCCCCAAGACUUCGAAGAGCACCAGAUCGCACGGCCCAUUGCCAGAGCUAAGUGGCUGCUGGAUCCAGAUGCUACGACGUCAGUGACUGAAGUCGUUGAUAUCACAGAGCCCAAAGACAUCCAUAGCAUCUUGGCCAACUUGGCCUCUGCGAGCUCCGAUGAAUUGCUGCAGCUGCACACCCUGAACGGAGCACUGAGGGAUGGUGGUCAUGACGCUGCAGAGGAUGCCUGCAGAUUGGGCGGCAUCCGGAUUUCCAUCGACAUGUUGAAGUCGAAGAGACCUGAGGUUCUGGAGAAAUCCCUGGAAGCCUUGUGGCUGCUGGUGGAUGAUCAUGACAGCUGUCAGGAAUUGAUUCAGAGGAACGGCCACCACGAAAUCUGGCGGAUCCUGAGACGACAUCGAAAUGACCAGUUGGCCAGCAAUGUCUUCAGAUUGAUGGCUGAAACUUUAUAUGGUGAAAGCCGGUCCUCCACCUUCUGGAAGGAUGGUCUGGACGGUCAUUUCCUGUCGGAAGCCCUUGAUUGGUCCAUCCAAGUGGCUCUCUCCAGCCACUCCAGCCAUACCUUGGGCUUUGUUUGCGACGUCGCAGCAUUGUGGCUACAGAGGUGCCCUACGGGCCUCGAAGCAGUGAAGGCGCUACUGCAUAACGUGCCAGCCCUGUUGCAGGCCAUGGCGGUGUGCCCCAACAAUGCCCUGCUGCAGCACGGUUGCCGCCUCUUGUGGGCCAUGGCAGAAGUCACCAGCAGGGCUCAGCAUGUGCAUGCGCGCUGCUGGCCGGAGUCCUUGGGGCAACCCACACUGAGGGCUUUGGAGGAGAUGAAACACAUGGACUUACCACCGCAGGUGAUGCACUACCAUGCCAUGGCAUUGUUGAUGGUGAAGCGAAUGAUGGUUGGCACUGAAGAUUCUGAAGCAAAGUCUUCGGCAUCGUUGGAUAGUAUGGAUUGAGGCGAAAAA